GUGAGGUCUUGACACUCGUUAUAUUUGGAUUUGUUUGCGAUGCGCCGGCAAGGGCUUUCAUUGCUUACACAAAAACACACAGCGGUUAUUUCAGUUGCUCAAAGUGUACAGAGGAAGGGGAUUUUGAAGGUAGAAUCGUAUUUUUGAACGAGAAAGCCCCAUUGCGUACCGAUGCAACUUUCCGAAGUCAACGACAAGACGAGCAUCACACAGGUCGGUCAAUUUUAGAGCAGUUGCCAAUUGAUAUGGUGGCCACCUUUCCCCUAGAUUACAUGCACCUUUGCUGUUUGGGGGUCAUGCGUAAAUUGUUGUGGCAAUGGAUAAAAGGUCCUCUUUCGUGUAGAUUAAGCCAAACUCAGAAAAACACAAUCUCGAGCUUUUUAAUUUUUUUGGCAAGUUACAUUCCUUCAGAAUUCAGUCGUAAAUCGCGGUCGUUAGCGGAAUUAGCAAGGUGGAAAGCCACCGAACUAAGAGAAUUUUUAUUGUAUACUGGUCCGAUUGUAUUGAAAAAUGUGCUACCAAAACGCCUUUACGAACAUUUCCUUCUUUUUCAUGUUGCGGUCAAACUUUUGGUAGCACAACAUUUCUGCAAAGAGUUUAACGACUACGCCAAACAGUUGCUUGUGCUGUUCGUGACGGAGGCAAAAGAAAUUUACGGCAAAGAAUUUCUCAGCUACAACGUUCAUAAUUUAAUUCACUUGGCAGACGAUGUACGUCACUUUGGCAAUCUUGAUUCUUUCAGCGCUUUUGCUUUCGAAAAUUAUCUGCAGGACAUUAAACAUCUUUUGCGAAAACAUAAUCAACCCUUAGCCCAAGUUAUCCGAAGACUUGAUGAGAUCCAGUUAAAUCUAGUACCACGGAUAAAUUGUGCUGUCUCACCUUUCGUAUUGAAAAAGAAACACACUCAAGGGCCGAUGAUAAAUGGCUGUCGUGGCGUUCAGUUCAAGUUUCUCCAAUGUCACUCAUGGACUUUUCGUACAGAUAACGACGCAGAUUGUUGCGCAAUUCUUCAGGACCAAACGAUUGUAAAAAUUGCCAAUUUAUUGAAGAGUGAAGAAGGAAUUUUCUUGGUCGGGCAUAGUUUUCUUCACAAAACUAGCCACUACUCUUCCCCCUUACCAUCUUCCAGACUCGGAAUAGUUUGUGCAAGACGACUUUCUCAAUUACAACGUUGGCCUAUAAAGUCCUUGAAAUGCAAAGCAAUGCUGCUGCCAACAGCAGUUCAUAGUCUUUAUGACUUCGCUGUUUUUCCAUUACAUAUGCAAAGCAACGCAUAGCUUCAAUCUUGCAAGUCGAUGUAACUGAAGAUUCCAUUAUUAACAUCUCUCGGCUCUUGAAAGGUUAUUUACGGAUGUUUACAGUUAAUUGGCUUGCAAAAAGAGUAUCUAAUUUUUUUUUUCAGGAUUUCCAAAUUUUUUUCCAUUAAAAGAAAUGCAGCGAUUAUUUUUUUAUUUCCUCUACGAUGUUUCCCAUUCUCGAUUCUUCUUCAAGGGUGGUCUUUUAAGAAAUCUGACAACUCCAUUUUGUAGCGUCUGUCUUCUGCUCUGUCGUCUCACCAAGCGUCGUGUCUCGUGUGUCUUGUCUCGUGUGUCUCGUCUCGUGUGUCUCGUCUCGUGUGUCUCGUCUCGUGUGUCCUGGAAUUUAUUUGCUUUCAAUAAAGGGAUAUUAACAUAUGCCAGAACGGGGUGAAAUGUUUCUUAUAGUGGAGUAUAUCAUAGGUGAACAUGAGACCGAAGUAGAAGUUGUCCCCAGUUCAUGGUACUCAUCAGGUCAGUGUUGGUGGCCUCCAGGUGCAUUUGCUCGUUCAACAUUGGAAAAAAAAGUAGCGAAGUCAGUGGAUUGUGAUAAAGCUACAUGGGACUGUUAUGAUGCUCGCCUCAUUGCUACUUUCAAAACGUAUGCAGAAGCCAAGGCUAAGUUGCCUCUUGCUAUUGCCGGAGAAUCAGUUGCUCCCAGCUCGACUGACGUUGAUGGACAUAAAAAAGGAAAAGGAAAGCGAGAAAAACAGAAAACAAGAAGGUAUCUAAGUGAAGAUACGAGUGAAUCUAGCGACGACGGAAAUAGAAAGAACAAGGAGAACUCGUCAAGAAAGAAGAAGAAACGUAGUCCAGCAAGACCUUCCCAGAAUGCUUCGGUAUCAGCAAAUUUAUCAGACACACAUAUGACAUUGCCACCUGUUCCGAACGGUCUCAACAUCAACACGUUUUUUUCUUCUCAAUCUUCAAAUGAAGUUAGCCACACCAGGCCAAGAAUUGAAUCUACUGAGAACGAAAGAUCCAAUUCCUUUGACGACAGGAAUGGUGUUACGGAUGAGAUUAUGUCCUCUCCUGUUAUACCACGACAGCAGCUAGCCGUAGCUAGAAAAUCAACUCCAUCACCAUCAGCUACCAUAGCUAGGAAAUCAACUCCAUCACCAUCAGCUCCCACCAACCCGGAAGUGGAUGCAAGAAAAAUAGGUGUUAUCUUGCAACGGGUGGAGGCGUUAGCUAGAGGCAUUGAAGUUGUGAAGGCUAAUCAGCGGGAGGUGCUAGACCUACUGACGUUGCUGUUGAAAAACAGUGCUCCACCCCAACCGGAUUUACCUUCCAUUACGGAAUUGUUUCAGCUGCCUAUGAAGACUAUACAGGAUGCGAGGAACUUGACAAAGCUACUGAAAGUUCAACAUAAUGCAUCUAAAAUGAAGACGUUCGUCAUUGGGAUAGGAGGGACUACGAAUUCCAUGGUUGGAAGGGUCAUGAAGUCAAUCAUGACCUACCGGUGUGGCAGUUGUUUCUGUUAUCUAGGCCUGAAUGAAGAUAAAGUGGCUUUCAAGUCAACCACUAUUUGCGAGAUUGUAAUUGAUGGAGUUCGUGAAGCACACAAUUCUUUGACAAGAGAUGCAGUUGAAGCGAAGAUAAAGAACUGGCUACGUCACUGCCCAAGAUAUGCGUCGAAACAAACUGACGAUGGAAGCCAGAGUGGAGAAGACGAGGAACAAGAAGAAACCUCCUAAACUAAAGACUAAUUUUUCAUUGUCUCUGC